CAAAUGGAAGAUAAAGUAUGUAUUAUAACAGGUGCAAAUGAAGGUAUUGGAAGGGAGACUGCCAAGAGGAUGGCUGCUCACAACAUGCGUGUAAUAUUGGCUUGCAGAAACAUUGAGAAGGCUGAAGUUGCCAAACAAAUGAUCAUUGAUGAGACCAACAAUGAUAAGAUUCAAUGUAUGAAACUGGACCUCAAUUCAUUAGACUCGGUCAGAGAAUUCGUCCAAAACUUCAAGAACAUGAACUUGCCAUUGAACUACUUGAUAAACAAUGCUGGAAAGUAUGGUGGACCUUAUGAACUGACAGAGGAUGGCUUUGAGUCACAGUUUGGUGUCAAUCAUUUGGGUCCAUUCUUGUUGACAAACUUGUUGCUCAGUACAUUGGAAGCGAGUGACAAUCCAAGGAUAGUGAUCCUGACCUCCCGUCUUCACUUCCAUGCCAAGCUCGACCUUGACCGUCUAUCAGUCGACCCAAAGGACUAUGGCGCCAAAUCUGCCUACUCCCAAUCAAAGUUAUGCAACAUGCUCUUUACCAAUGAGCUACAGAGACGACUUGAUGCCAAGGGUUCAAAGAUCGUGGUCAACGCAAUGCAUCCUGGACUCGUGCUCACAAACAUUCUCCACAGCUAUCCCUUCCUCAACAAAUAUGUAAUCCCAUUGUUCUCAUUCAUGUUCACCAAGGUUACUGUGAGUGCUGAGGUAUCCGAGGCUUUGGCCCUGGGUACCGCGCCACAUCUCCAAGGUGUCAAGGGCAAGUUCUUCAACAUCAAAGAGGAGCAACCGUCCAGCCCCUUCUCACGCGAUCCAGAGAAUGCUCGACAAGUCUGGGAGACCUCUUGUGAGAUGGUCAAGAUACCAGUCGACAUCCAACUA